AUGCGAUAUUCACUAGUCGUUGCUGGGUUACUGGCUGCUGCAGCUCCAAGUCAACAAGAAAGUACCUCACGUCGUACCAAACAAUCACGACAGUCGAUUAAUUCUACAUAUCCUGGCGCAGUCGAUGUUGCUACUGAAGCAGGUGCAAAAUUCGGUCAAACCAGCGAACCAUUCUAUCCUUCACCAUGGAUGAAUCCAAAUACUGGCGGUUGGGAAGAUGCUUAUGUUAAGGCUAAGGAUUUUGUUUCUCAACUCACGUUGACUGAGAAGGUUAACUUAACUACUGGUGUUGGUUGGGAAGGUGAACAAUGUGUUGGUCAAGUAGGAUCUAUUCCUCGACUUGGUUUCAGAUCAUUGUGUAUGCAAGAUUCUCCAGUUGGUCUUCGGGAUACCGAUUUCAACUCGGUAUUUUCGAGUGGACAAUCUGUUGCAGCUACUUUUGAUCGUGGUUUGAUGUAUGCUCGAGGAUAUGCUAUGGGUCAAGAACAUAAAGCAAAAGGUGUAACUGUUCAACUUGGUCCAGUUGCUGGUCCUCUAGGUCGUGCACCACAAGGUGGACGUAACUGGGAAGGAUUCAGCCCUGAUCCUGUUCUGACAGGUAUUGGAAUUGCUGAAACUAUCAAAGGUAUUCAAGAUGCCGGUGUUAUUGCUUGUGCUAAGCAUUUCAUUGGUAAUGAACAGGAACAUUUCCGUCAAUCUGGUGAAGCACAAGGCUUUGGUUACAACAUUACCGAAUCCAGUUCAUCAAACAUCGAUGAUGUAACGAUGCAUGAAACUUACCUGUGGCCAUUUGCAGACGCAGUUCGGGCUGGUGUUGGUUCCAUUAUGUGUUCUUACAAUCAAGUCAACAACUCGUAUGCCUGUCAAAACUCUAAGAUGCUCAACAAUUUACUCAAGGAUGAGCUUGGAUUCCAAGGAUUCGUUAUGAGUGAUUGGCAAGCUCAACAUACUGGAGCGGCUUCAGCAGUAGCUGGAUUGGACAUGACCAUGCCUGGUGAUACUGUCUUCAGCAGCGGAGAAAGUUACUGGGGAACGAAUCUCACGCUAGCAGUCAUUAACGGAACUGUUCCAGAAUGGAGAAUUGACGAUAUGGCAAUGAGAAUUAUGGCUGCUUACUUCAAGGUUGGUUUGACUCUCGAUGAACCAGAGAUCAACUUUUCCUCGUGGACUUUCGAUACAUACGGACCACUUCACUAUGCUGCCGGAAAGGAUGUUCAACAAAUCAACUUCCACGUCGAUGUUCGGGGAGAUCAUGCAAAGUUGAUCAGAGAUAUUGGAGCUCGAUCAACAGUUCUUUUGAAGAAUACCAACAACGCACUUCCUCUUCACAAGCCAAAGUUCCUUGCUGUGAUUGGAGAAGAUGCGGGGCCAAAUGCUUACGGACCUAAUGGAUGCCCUGACAGAGGUUGCGAUAAUGGCACUCUUGGUAUGGCUUGGGGAUCUGGUUCCUCAAACUUCCCUUACCUCAUCACUCCAGAUACUGCUCUUCAAAACCAAGCGAUUACCGAUGGCACUGUUUAUCAAAGUAUCUUCGAUAACUAUGCUACAUCCGAAAUUGAAGCACUUGUUAGUCAAGAAGUCACAGCUAUCGUUUUCGUCAACGCCGACUCUGGAGAAGGAUAUAUCAGUGUUGAUGGAAAUGAAGGUGAUCGUCAAAACCUUACUCUUUGGCAUUCUGGAGAUGCAUUGAUUCAAAAUGUGGCUGCCCUUUGCAACAACACUAUUGUUGUUAUUCACUCCACUGGACCUACUUUGGUUGGUGACUGGUAUGACAACGAGAACGUCACGGCAAUCUUGUGGGCUGGUGUACCAGGACAAGAAAGUGGAAAUAGUAUCACUGAUGUUCUCUACGGAAAGGUUAACCCUGCUGCACGCACACCAUUCACAUGGGGUCCAACCAGGGAGAGUUAUGGUACCGAUAUUCUCUACAAGCCAAACAACGGCGAAGCUGCACCACAACUCGACUUCACCGAAGGAAACUUCAUCGACUACCGUGCUUUUGAUGCUCAAAACAUCACUCCAAUUUACGAAUUUGGUUUUGGUCUCUCAUACACCACAUUUGAUUACUACGGUCUCAUUGUAACCAAGAGUACCAACGCAAGCAGCACUUAUACUCCAUCAUCUGGAUCGACCGAAGCAGCUCCAAGUUUCGGAAACUUCUCUACAGAUCUCAACGAUUAUCUCUUCCCCAACGGUUCUUUCCCAUACGUCUACCAAUACAUCUACCCCUAUCUCAACACCAGCGACGCAGCCGCCGCCUCCGCAGAUCCAAAAUAUGGGCAAACCGCCUCGGAAUUCCUCCCCCCAGGAGCCACAGACGGCUCCGCACAACCCAUACUCGCAGCAGGUGGUGCACCAGGCGGAAACCCCGAACUCUACGAGGUUCUCUACACGGUGACUGCGCAAGUCCACAACAGCGGCACACUCAACGGCGAAGAAGUUCCUCAACUCUACGUCAAACUUGGUGGUCCCAAUGAUCCUCUUAUCGUCUUGCGAGGGUUUGAACGUCUCUCGAUUGAUGCGGGUUCAACAGCUACUUUUACGGCGGAUUUGACUAGGAGAGAUUUGAGCAAUUGGGAUACUGCGGCCCAAAAUUGGUUUAUUAGUGAUUAUACGAAGACGGUUUAUGUAGGUUCUAGUUCGAGGAUUUUACCGCUGAGUCAGGAUUUGGUUUAG